AUGUGGGUUCGAUCCCCACCAGGGCGAGAAUGGUCUACUGGUAUAGGUACCCGCCUCUCACCAAAGAGAAUGUGGGUUCGAUCCUCACCAGGGCGAGAAUGGUCUAGUGGUAUAGGUGUCUCACCAAAGGGGUCAUGGCUUCGAUCCCAACUAGUGUCCUGGAGCGACGACCGUUUGACGUGGAACACCUCCGACAACUCGGAUAUAAGUACCAUUCGCCUAAAAGGAGAGGAUAUAUGGGUUCCUCUGGUGCUGUUGAAUAACGCGGCUGAUGGGAUUAAAGUAAUAAGCGACAACGCUGACACAGCAAGUGUCAGAUUAACAAUUUCUAACACGGGUGAAGUGCACUGGUUGGCUCCAGUCGAGUUCAAUGCCCAGUGUACCGUCAACAUAGCAUACUAUCCUUUUGAUCAACAGUCGUGCUCAGUGAUCAUAUCCACGUGGAUGUUUGACAUCGACGAACUGAUGUUAAUGACAGAUGACUCGGGAAUAAAUUUCGAUAUGUACGAAGCCAAUGGCGAAUGGGAUGUUGUAUCGUCAUCUUCUUCCAAUGCAACAAGGACGUUUCUUGGUCAUGCCAUGUCAGCCGUCCAGUAUGACAUUACCAUACAGAGAAAGUACCAGUUCUACCUGCUCAACAUCAUAUUUCCAAUCAUCCUUCUCGCCCUGUUGGGACCGUUUGUGUUCCUGCUACCGAUUGACAGCGGUGAAAAGAAUGGAUUUACACUAACUGUCAUGUUGUCAAUGUCGGUGAUGAUGUCAUAUAUUUCUGAUCAUAUUCCGACUACGGCAUCAGAUGUCUGUAUUCUUAGUGAGUAUAUGGGUGUCUUCCUCCUCGUUACGUUUAUUAUCAACUCAAUCGAGACAUUCCUAACUGUAAUCGUUUGGCGCAUCCAUGACACCCACAAGUACGGCCACAUUCCGUCAAAGGGGACGCAAACAGCUUUGAGGGUACUUGCCAAAAUAACCGCAUACAGACGUGCAGAGGAGGUAGAACAUCAAUCUGAAGGAAAGAAAACACCAAUAGUUGCUCCUAAUGACACGGAAGGUACACAGGACCGGGCGAAGACACCAACAGCUUGGGAGGAUGGAUCUAAUAUCGACGACUACACAUAUGAAGAAUUCGCCCUGCUUCUCGAUAGAUUCAACUUUGUGUUUUUCUUGUUCCUGACAUGUCUGGUUACUUUAGUAAUACUGAUUAUCCUUACUACCGGCUAA